AUGGCCUGGCUGUUUGGGCAGCGGUACCUGGACUGGCUCGUCGGCACCGUCUCGCAGACGGUCGUGAGCUGGUCGGCCCGCUGCCCGGCGUGCCCUGCGUGCCCGCAGCCGGCGGCGUGCCCGGCCUGCCCAGCGGCGGCGCCGAUCCACUUCCACCCGCCCGCCGCCUGCCCGGCGGCUCCAGAGGCGCCGGCGCCCGCGCCCGCGCCCCAGCCGGCCGCCCAGGAGCCUGAAGGCCUCUCUUGGGCAGGCGGGUGGCUGGCCUGCCUCCUGAUCGCCCUCAACCUGUUGGUCUUCAGCCUCCACGGGGUGAGGCUGGUCGGCUCGGCCGUGGUGAAGCUGCGACCGGCUCCGACGCCCGCCGCCCUGAAGGAUGGCACAGGCGCGCAGCUGUGGCAUCAGCGGCGCGUGUGGGGCCGGGUGAUUCAGGAUCCGACUGACGUCCCGUGGUCCCCGCUGCGAGUGCUGAUCUCGACGCCGGAUGGCGACGUGUACGAGGAGCUGUACGACAUGUCGGAUGGGACGCUGGCUGCGGUUCGCUUCGAGGAUGACCGUCGCACUCGGCCUGCUGGCCUGGACGUCGGGAACCUCUACCGCUUCCGGCGGGCGCUGACGGCGGCAGAGGAGGUGGCCAUCAGGAAUGAGGUGGACGCCUACGCCCGCGACGUGUUCCUCGACGCGGAGCGCGCGGCCGGGCGGCCCGGGGUGGUGCCGCCCGCGGGGGCUGCCGUGUACUUCACGUUCGGUGCCGUGCCUGGUGACGCUGCCGCGCCUGGGCCCGCACCCGCCGCCCCCGCCGCCGGGGGAGGGGCUGCUGUGGCCGCCGCCCUGGCUGUGGUACCGGCUGGCCCCGCCGCGCCCGCGGCAGUGCCGCCUGCUGGAGCUGCCCCAGUGGCGGCAGCCGCCGCACCGCUCGCCGCUGCAGGGGCUCCCCCAGGUCCCUUGGGGCCGAAUGCCGUUCCUGGAGCUGACGGGCAAUGGGUCUACGUUGAGACCACGACGACGGCCCGACGCGGAGACCCGGUCACGUUGGACGGGACUGAGCUCGUGCGGGGGGCGAUCGGCUUGAAGCAGGAUGCCGGCGGGAGCUGGUCGGCCAUCCGUCGGAUCACGACCUCGCAGGCUGCCUACCGUGGCGCCGAAGCCCUCGCCGAUGCUCGCCUCCAACCCGUGGCCCUGCUUGGAGACGGCUCGAGGCAGCGCGUGCAGUUUCACGAGAGUGUCGACAGACUACGCGAAGAGCCCUUCCCCGACCGGCCGCUGGACGGCCCGAGGACCACACUAUGGUGCCUCCGCUUCCUGGACAGGAAGCGCGGGGGAGCCAUCGAGCACUUCCACCAGUUUGUGUCCUACUACCGGCUGUCCCGCGAUGACUUCGGGGUCACGCACUACGAGUCCAUCAUGCGGAUGGUCGACUACCUCAUGACGUGGGACCUCCUCGACUUGCCCAACGUGGCGGGCGUCGAGGUGAUGCUGCGGCAGGCGCAGCUGUACGAAUACAUGUACGCCAUGGAGUACGAGGCGCGCGACUCGGGCGUCUACGCUGCUGGCCCGGCCGACGGCGAGCCCAAGGCGAAGGCGAAGGGCAAGCCCAAGAGCCGGGCCGGCGGUGGCUUCUUGAAGUUCGGUUUCGUGGAUGAGGUGGGGGUCUUCACGGGCACCGCUCGCGAGGACGGCCGCAUGAUGGUGGCUCCGGCACUACUGGAGCACGUGGCCAAGCAAGUCGAGCGUGACGCUGGAAUCCUUAAGCAGAUCAGGCGACUCCACAGGACCAGUCACCGCCGCGCGAUGGUCGUCGACGCCAUCCGCGCCAUGAAUGAGAUGUACACUGGUUCGAGCUGUCCGCGGGCCACUGGUCUCACUGGCCCCACGACCGCCCAGCAGGAGGCUCUGGCGGUGAUCCAGGAGGCCGUCGACGCCUUCGGAGUGCCCCCGCCCGACCUCACUCCCGCAGGAGCCCUCGAGGAGCUCCGCGUCGCGCAGUCAUACGACCAGGAGUCCGCCGUGAUUGCGCCGGUGACCUUCGACCGCGUCGAUCUGAUCUCCCUGCCGAGCGUGGGCUCCGAGCCGAAGCCCUUGUCUGCGCUCAUCGGGGACGACAGCAUGGCUGGCGAGCUGGGAGUCUCGGUCGAUGCGAAUGGGCGGCCCGUGACCCCUACUCAGUGGGUCUAUCCGUGCUUCAGGUGUCCUCCGAUGGGCUUCAGUCUCAGUCUUUGGUUGUGCCAGUCGGUGAACGAGAUUGUCUCGCAGCGUGCUGGCCUCGUCAGGCCGGAGCGGGUCCUAGUGGAUCGCCAGCCUGCCCCUGUCGUCGACUCGGGAGUUGUUCAUACCGAAUACGUCGACAACUUCGUUGCGCUGUCGUUUUCGGAGCCCUCUGCUAUCGCUGCCGCCCGUCAGGUCGAUCAUCAUAUGCGUGCUGUGGGACUGCCUACUCACGGGGUGGAGAGCGGAGUGGGCGGGGAGACUCUUGGCUGGUCCUUCGACUCGAACUCGCCCGUGAUCUCGCUCAACCCCAGACUUAGGUGGAAGCUGUACCUUGGGAUUCAGGAGGUCCUCCGACGUGGGUUCUGUUCUGGAAAGGAGAUGGUGAGGAUCGUCUCGCACAUCACGUCCAGGGUGCUCAUUAGGAGGGAGCUCCUCUCGUGCCUGGGGGCCGUCUACAAGUUUGGGGAGGUCUACCACAAUCGCACCGCUAAGCUCUGGCCCGUCGUCCGUCGUGAACUACGCUGGGCCCGGGCUCUCCUCGUCUUCUGCAGCAGGGACCUCGGGCUGCCCUUCGACACCACCCUCACAUGCCUGGAUGCAUCGUCUUGGGGUUUUGGAGUUACCCAGCGGGAGGUCUCUGAGGACUCGGUCAAGCGUCUGGCCCGGUACAACGAGCGUUGGAGGUUCUCUCGAGAAGCUGAGCGCCAACGCCUUGGGCCCCGAGCCGCUGCUGUCUCUGGUCAAGGCUCCUCUGGGGCCGUCCCGGACGGCCCCGUGGUCUCCGACGCGGACCCCAGCUUCGAGGAGGUCCCGCCCGACAUCUGGAGGGACCACUGGCACCCGGUCCUCUCGGUGCCCUGGCGGCGCCCAGCCCCUCAGGUCAUCCUGGAGGCCAGGUCAGGCGUGAUGGCGCUUAAGCACAAGCUUCGCUCCAAGAGGUCCUUUCGGAAGGCUCACGUUAUGCUGAACGAUGCCAUGGCCCCCAUCUUGGCUCUGGCAAAGGGGCGGUCUUCGGCGCCCGCCCUCCUCGCCGUCUGCCGACAGGUGGCAUGUCUGCUGCUGGCCUCAGGCUCGGCGGCUUACUGGAGGUGGCUGCCGUCCGAGUUCAACUCUGCCGACCCAGCUUCACGGCGGCCCGCGGCGGCUCCAGCAGCCCCAGCGCCCACCCGCCUUGGGCGCCGGGGCCGCUCCCAGGGCGCAGCUGCGCUGGCCUGGGGGGACCAGGCGGACCGCCAAGUCGCCAGGAGGCGCGCCUUCCCCGCCGCCAACACGGCGGCGUCCUCGGGCUCGCUGACCUUCCUGGAGACGCAGGCCGUGGGGGAGGCGACCCGCCGGGACUAUGCCGACAGGGUCUCGAAGUUCACGAGGUGGGCGACCUCGGCCCGGCUGCCGAUCGAGGAUGUGCCCGAGCUGGACAUCGCCCUGGUGACCUUCUUCAACCAGCUGUUCUUCGACGGCUACCCGAGCGAGGAGGCGACGAAGUACAUGGCGGCACUGGCUCAUUGCCGCGCGGCGCCCGGACGGCUACAGGUGGCCUUCCCGAGGGCCGCUCGUGCUGCGAAGGGCUGGGCUCGGCUGGUACCGCCUCGGUCCCGACUGCCACUGCCCUGGCCGAUUGCCUGCCUGAUGAUCGACUGGAUGCUGGAUGCGGGCGAGGCAACAGCGGCGGCGGCGACGGCCGUCUGCUUCGCGCUGUACCUUCGGCCGGCCGAGUUGCUCAGCCUGACGCGCGAGCAGGUGGUCCCGCCUGCCGAGGGCGCCCCUCCGGGGCGAACCUUCCUGAACUUCUGGUCGGUGGUUCUGCACCCGAUGGAGUGCGCCCAGCCUUCGAAGACGGGGGUCUACGACGAGGGUCUCCUCCUGGACAGCCCGGAGUUCACCUGGCUGCCACCGCUGCUGCAGGCGCUGCGGGCCCGAGCCGCGCCCGGCGGCCGCGUCUUCGACAUGAGCUACAACCAGUGGGCCCUGGUCUUCAGGCGUGCUGCGACAGCGCUGCACCUCGGCGUCCUGGGGCCCCCGACGCUCUACACCCUCCGGCACGGGGGGGCCUCCCACGAAUGCCUCGCAAAGUUCAGGAGCCUCGACGAGAUCAAAAAGAGGGGGAGAUGGGUGUCGGACUCGUCCCUGCGGCGCUACACCAAAGGGGGCCGCGUGGCAGAGCAGUUGCGACGGCUUCCGAUCUCCGAGCAGCGCCGUGCCACGCGCCUAGUCGGCAUCAUUGGCGGGCGCCUCUCCAAGGGCGCCUCUCGCUGUCGUGGCGGCGUGUCUCCCGCGGCCGCCUGGCCGCCUUUGAGCUGGACCUCAAGCAUGACCCGGCCGCAGACCUUCUGCAGCGCCGAGUUCAGCAGCUCGUUCGUGGAUGGCUUCGAUCAGGUGCGGAAAGGAAAGGUGGCUCUUGGAGCCAUGCCGCCGAAAGCCAAGCAGACAGAGCUUGACAUCACAGCACUCCGCUGCGCACCGAGGGGCACGGUGGCGGCAGCUUCCGAAGACGAGGAGGGGGCCGCGCACGAUGGGCUGCGCAUCGCCCCCGAGGACGGGCCGGUCUUCGGGAGGCUCACGUCGCACCCAGACGGCAUGGGCUCGAUGCUGCUGCUGACGCAGGGGAGCACCCUGCGCGGCACAAUCUUCAACCUCCUCAACACCAUGAUCGGUGGCGGGGUGCUGGGGCUGCCUUUCGCGGCGCGGCAGAGCGGCAUCGCCCUGGGAGCCGUGCUGCUGCUGGCCACGGCCGCGAUGACCGAUCUGACCGCCUGGAUGCUGCUGGUCAGCGUGGACUUCGUGCGCCAUAGCUCGUACGCCAUGGUGGGAGAGGCUUUGUAUGGCCGUUGGCUUGGGCUGUUGGUCGACCUCGUGGUGCUCUGCAACAACUUCGGGGUUCUUGUCUCCUACGUCGUCGUCAUCGGCGACCUGGUGCCCCCGUUCCUGGCUCUGAUGGGGGCGCCGCCGCUGCUGCACGACCGCACUGCCGUGCUCUGGGCCUCGUCGUGCUGCGUGCUGCUGCCGCUCAGCCUGCUGCGCAGCAUGGGGGCGCUUCGGCACGCCUCCCUGGUGUGCAUGGGACGGAUGGUUCGCUAUGUUUAUGUGCCUUAUGGUGGCAAUGGGAUCUGGCGUCAUCCAGGUCCGCGACCCCGCGCAGGAGGUCGCCGUUCUGUGGAUGACGGGCAGCGCCGCGGUGGUGGCCAGACAGCUGCCUGUGGUCGUGUUCGCGUAUAA